AUGUGUCCGACGACUACCAAGCCCGUUGACUUGACGCACCAUUUUUCAAAAAUUUCAAAAGCAAGAAGACCAAAUGCCCUGAAAGAGUACUACAAGUACCUCUUUACUCCGGGGAUGUGUAACUUCUCAGGUGGCCUUCCCCACACGAGCAUCUUCCCCUUUGGCAAGUUAGAUCUCUCGGUUGACCGGCCGACAAAAUUUCCGACAACAAAAGAAGAUAUUGGUGGUCAGAAUGUUAUACCGGACUCUGACAUACUAUGCUAUAUCCCUCGGUAUUCGGGCAAGAGCGUGGCGCAGAAGAUUGACCUAGCCACUGCACUGCAGUAUGGAAGCGCACAGGGGUACCCACCUCUCCACUCGGUGUUGCGUCGUCUAGUAUCCAUUCAACAUCCCAGCAUACCCUACGAAGGAGGGCCAGAAGUAAUUAUCGAUGGUGGUUCGGCAGAUGGCCUCUCAAAGGUAUUCGACCUACUCUUCAACACAUGGGACAAAGACCUGGACGAUAUUCGAAAUCGUGAGGGGUUACUGGUAGAGGAGUUCGUGUACGGCCCGCCAGUCGCACACGCCAGAACGAAGGAUGUCAACAUUGUUCCACUCAAGAUGGAUGACGAAGGCAUGCUAGCGCAUGGUACCGGUAGCCUUUCUGAUAUUCUUCAAUCCUGGGAUCACAUGAACGGCAAAAGGCCGCAUGUCUUAUACACGAUUCCCACUGGCCAAAACCCGUCAUCGGGUACUCUAUCGGCCUCAAGGCGCAAGGAAGUUUACGAUGUCUGUUCUAUGUAUGACGUUGUCGUCGUAGAAGACGACCCAUACUGGAGCCUUUACUAUCCCUCCGCCAGAUCCUAUGCGGCUCAAUAUCGGGCCGCGACGAAUAAUAUCCUUACAGGGCCUCCGACAGAACCAUCAACGGGUUACCGUUUCCUUGAUGAGAUGGAACCCAGCUUCCUAAAUUUUGACAGAGAUGGACGCGUAAUCCGCCUGGAUUCAUUUUCGAAAACCAUCGCGCCGGGCUGCCGGUUGGGCUGGAUCACAGCGUCGCCGCGUGUAUGUGAACAGCUUUUUCGGAUUACGGACGACACCACGCAACAGCCUUCAGGAUUCGUGCAAGCAAUUGUCGCACAGCUCAUUGGUGAACAAUGCGACCUCGGUCAGGGUCCUUCUUCGUGGGGCUUUGAUGGCUGGGUGCGCUGGCUUGAAGGUCUCCGCGCUGCGUACGAACGUCGCAUGGUCAAGAUGGCGACCGUAUUUGAGCAAAACAGAUUCUUUACCACAGGUGCAGACAAAGUCAUGAUGUUUGACUUCCAGUGGCCUACGGGAGGCAUGUUUAUAUGGGUCGAGGUCAAAGUCGCCAGCCAUCCACUUGCAUCGACAAUCGAUCACAGGAGGCUGAUGCGCGCUCUAUGGAUUCAUUGCACGCAGCCUCCGUACCUGAUAUUGACUGUGCUUGGAAAAGAUUUCGCAGCGACAGAAGAAAUAGCAGCGAGACGCGGCUAUCUCUUCUUCCGUUUCUGCUUCGCCGCCAUCGAUGGAGAUCUGUUGGAAGCCAAGUCGAAAUCUUUCACUGAUGCAUGUCGGGAUUUCUGGUCCAUCAACAGCCACGAAAAGAUUGAUCAGCUCAUGAGGGAAGAGGAUGGGCAAAAUCCGAGUGGAUGA